AUGAAGCCCAAGGCCAAGAAGAAGCUCCCCAAGGAGGGUGGAUUUGCGGAGGCCGGAGAUAAGAAGAAGAGGGUGAAGAAGUCAUCGGAAAUGUACAAGAUCUACAUAUUCAAGAAACUCGCCCAAGAGGAGACUCGCUUGGCCCGCUACAAUAAAAACCCGACCAUCACUUCCUGCGAGAUCCAGACCGGCGUGAGAUUGGUUCUUCCUGGCGAAUUGGUAAAGAACGUUGUCUCUCUGAAAGUACUAAAGCAGUCACCAUAUUUACAAGCUCUUAGAUAA